UAUACUAUGUACUUGCCACUAAAAUAUCAAAUGACCUAACGUCACCCCCGCACUCUCUUCUUCCCUUCUCUUUCUCUUUCGUUGGGUCAAUGAGGAGUUCGAUUGCAAUCUAACAUCUUUGUAUAUCCUACAAGGUCUACCAGAUAGACGAUAACCAUGUACUUGACCGUCUCUUCUUCUUCUUCUUCUUCUUCAAUCAUCUCCUUUACCCCCACCUCCUGCUUCUUCUCCUUAUGUCUUUUUCUUGCUCCACUAUUUCGGUCCCUUCAACUUAAAUGAUGGUGAUAAUAAUGGUCAAGAAAGACAGCCUUACUUCUCUGCCUGGCUUGACAUAUCCACUCAUCAUAAUUCAAAGACCUAGAACCUCCUCCUCCUCCUCCUCCUCGGUCAUGUUCUUAUCUCUUCUUCUAAUUUUAAUACUAUUGCUACUGCCCCCUUGCCAUGCCACAACUGUCUGCAAUCAAGAUGAUCAUCACUCUCUCUUGUUCUUCUUAUCCCGUUUAUCAUCUUCUUCUCCUUUGAAUUGGGGUCAUUCCACUGAUUGCUGCCUCUGGGAAGGAGUUGAUUGUGAUGGAACUGCAGAUGGUCGAGUAACCAGUCUUUCUCUACCUUUCAGAGACCUUAAUGGCACCCUCGCUCCAUCUCUUGCCAAUCUCACGAGUCUUACACACCUCAAUCUUUCACAUAAUCGCCUGUAUGGUUCUCUACCUGUUAGAUUCUUUUCCUCACUCAGAAGCCUCCAGGUUCUUGAUCUCAGCUACAACCGUCUCGAAGGUGAAAUACCAUCCCUUGAUACUAAUAACCUUAUCCGUAUCAAGAUAGUGGACUUGUCUAGCAACCACUUCUAUGGGGAAUUAUGUCAAUCCAACUCAUUUCUCCAGACAGCUUGGAAUUUGACUAGACUCAAUGUUAGCAAUAACAGCUUCGCAGGCCAAAUUCCUUCCAACAUCUGCAACAUUUCUUCUGGUUCCACGACCCUCCUUGACUUCUCCAACAACGAUUUCAGCGGGAACCUCACUCCAGGAUUUGGGGAAUGUUCCAAACUUGAGAUAUUCCGUGCUGGUUUCAAUAAUCUCUCGGGGAUGAUUCCUGAUGAUCUUUACAAAGCAACCUCACUUGUACAUUUCUCAUUACCUGUCAACCACCUCUCUGGUCAAAUCAGUGAUGCUGUGGUCAAUCUCACUAGUCUCAAGGUUCUUGAGCUGUACUCCAAUCAGUUGGGUGGCAGGAUACCCCGGGAUAUAGGCAAGCUCUCCAAGUUGGAACAGUUGCUGCUUCACAUUAACUCGCUCACAGGUCCUCUGCCUCCAUCUCUGAUGAACUGUACUAAUCUAGUAAAAUUGAAUCUGCGGGUCAAUUUCUUGGCAGGAAAUCUCUCUGACUCCGAUUUCUCCACACUCCGCAAUCUUAGCACCCUCGAUCUUGGUAACAACAAGUUUACAGGUACCUUUCCCACUAGCCUCUACUCAUGCACAUCACUAGUUGCAGUUAGACUUGCCAGUAAUCAGAUAGAGGGACAGAUCUUACCUGACAUACUAGCGCUACGAUCUUUAUCUUUUCUCUCAAUUUCCGCCAACAACUUAACUAACAUUACUGGGGCUAUCCGAAUUCUGAUGGGUUGCAAGAGCCUCACUACCCUCAUCCUCUCCAAUAAUACUAUGAGUGAAGGUAUACUAGACGAUGGAAAUGCAUUAGACUCUACUGGAUUCCAAAAUCUCCAGGUUUUGGCCCUAGGUCGUUGCAAACUCUCUGGUCAAGUGCCAUCCUGGCUAGCCAACAUCAGUAGCCUACAGGUCAUAGACCUGUCUUACAAUCAAAUCAGAGGUUCAAUUCCUGGUUGGCUGGAUAAUCUUUCAAGCCUUUUCUACUUAGACUUGUCUAAUAACCUUCUUUCAGGAGAAUUUCCUUCGAAACUCACGGGAUUGGAAACACUAAGAUCGCAAGAAGUUAUUAAACAACUGGACAGAAGUUAUCUAGAGUUGCCCGUGUUUGUCAUGCCCACAAAUGCUACCAAUUUGCAGUACAAUCAGCUCUCUAACCUGCCACCGGCUAUAUACCUUGGAAACAACAACCUCAGUGGCAAUAUCCCUGUACAGAUUGGCCAACUGAAGUUCCUUCAUGUGUUGGAUCUCAGUGAUAACAGAUUCUCUGGAAACAUUCCAGAUGAAUUAUCAAACCUCGCUAACUUGGAGAAAUUGGAUCUCUCAGGAAACCUUUUGUCCGGAGAAAUUCCUACUUCACUCAAAGGUCUCCAUUUCUUGUCUUCGUUCAGUGUUGCCAAUAAUGAUCUUCAAGGACCUAUACCAUCUGGAGGUCAGUUUGAUACUUUCCCUAGUUCCAGCUUUACAGGGAAUCAAUGGUCAUGUGGUCAGGUUUUGCAGCGAUCUUGUUCCAGUUCACCAGGAACCAACCAUACUUCAGCUCCUCAUAAAAGCACAAACAUAAAACUUGUCAUCGGACUUGUCAUCGGUAUCUGUUUCGGCACUGGUUUAUUUAUUGCUGUGUUAGCGCUGUGGAUAUUGUCCAAGAGAAGGAUCAUUCCUGGAGGGGACACUGACAACACUGAGUUGGAUACAAUUUCCAUCAACUCUGGAUUUCCUCCAGAGGGUGACAAGGAUGCCAGCUUAGUUGUACUGUUCCCAAGUAAUACUAAUGAGAUCAAGGAUCUAACCAUUUCUGAACUCUUGAAAGCCACUGACAAUUUUAAUCAGGCAAACAUUGUUGGUUGUGGGGGUUUUGGUUUGGUGUAUAAGGCAACAUUAGGAGAUGGGAGCAAGCUGGCUGUCAAGAAACUCUCGGGAGACUUGGGUCUGAUGGAAAGAGAAUUCAGAGCAGAGGUAGAGGCACUUUCCACAGCCCAACAUGAAAACCUGGUUUCCCUGCAAGGCUAUUGUGUGCAUGAGGGAUGUCGCUUGCUUAUAUAUUCGUUCAUGGACAAUGGGAGUUUGGAUUACUGGUUGCAUGAGAAGACCGAUGGUGCAUCCCAACUAGAUUGGCCCACUAGACUUAAGAUUGCAAGGGGAGUAGGUUGUGGUCUGGCUUACAUGCACCAGAUAUGUGAGCCUCAUAUUGUGCAUCGUGACAUCAAAUCCAGCAACAUCCUCCUUGACGAGAAGUUCGAAGCACACGUAGCAGAUUUUGGAUUGUCCCGGUUGAUUCUGCCUUACCAAACUCAUGUUACAACCGAGCUUGUUGGAACUCUGGGUUAUAUUCCUCCUGAGUAUGGGCAAGCAUGGGUAGCCACUUUGAGGGGAGAUAUAUACAGUUUUGGAGUUGUUAUGCUUGAACUGCUGACUGGAAAGAGACCUAUGGAGGUAUUCAAGCCAAAGAUGUCAAGAGAAUUGGUUGGCUGGGUGCAGCAAAGGAGAAAUGAGGGUAAACAAGAAGAGAUCUUUGAUCCUCUCCUGAGAGGAAAGGGUUUUGAUGACGAGAUGCUGCAAAUACUAGAUGUGGCCUGCAUGUGCGUUAGCCAGAAUCCUUUCAAGAGACCAACCAUCAAGGAAGUUGUUGAUUGGCUCAAGAAUGUUGGCUCACACAGAAAUGAAAAUAAGGUACAACAGAUAUAUUAACAACAACCAUGGAGGCAAGAGGGGCACUCCAAUAACAUAUCUGACGAGAUAUAACGCAUGCCUGGAGGAGAAUUAGUCCAGUGCACAAAUGACAGAUUGGGAGGAACCCAUCUUGUAAACAAUGUAGAGGAGGAAAAAAUAUAUUAAGUUCAGGAAGUUAUGUUGGCUAAUACACGUUAAUCACAAAAAGAGGGAGAAAAGGGGAAGCAUAAUCACUUACCUUAAUGAAACAGACUCAUUGCUGCUUAUGCCCUCGUCAAACAUUUGCGAAGUAGGCAUUAAAACAAGCAGGUCACCUGCUUAGGAAAUGCCACCCGGCCUCCAGCCAGGAGCAUUACAUGGAUACAAGUUUGCAAGAGAAAGAAGCAGAUAAUGCAAUGUGGUGCUCGAGAGCAGGAGAAAAGGAGAGAAAAAAGUGUUGAUGAUGAAAGUCAAGUGUUUAGGUCAUGGGAGAGUCUGUUCUUGAUUGGUCUACCAUUGUUGUUGCAACUUUGAGAGGCCACAUAUAUUUAUAGCAUUAAUGUUGUAAUGCAAUGACAAAGACAGCCA